CAUUGUAACCCCGCCCCUCAGGGCUUCGGUCUGUCCCUGAUCCCACACAGCGGCCACACGGACGUGCAGCGCGUGCGGAACCGUUAUUGUCGUUAUUACUGCCGUUAUCAUUAGUGAUGGCCACGGCUCUGUCGCGCGCGCUCAAACUGCCAGGGAAGAAGGGCUCGGAGCUGGGCGAGUAUGACCCCCUGACCCAGGUGGACAGUGAGGAUGACAGCGAGGAGGACGACCUCGUGCUGAAUUACCCACGUAACGGCCUCGCCUCACACUCACACGCCGCCACACUCAGGCUGGGACAGGAAGAGGCGGAGCUACACGAGGAGGAUGAGGAGGACGCAUGGAGACAUGGCGGUGGGAAGGACAGGCGGGGCGAAGCUGGAGAGUCAACUGAUGAGGGGGUGGGGUUGGUCAGCGAGGGGGCGGGGCAGAAGGUGAAGGUCAGGGCGGCGGUGCGUACAGCGGCGUUUGUGGUGCCGCUGAUUUGCGCCGCAAUGUUCGUCCUUCUGUUUGCCUUCCUGGUGCCGUGCCAGCGAGGAGGCUCACACAGACAGGAGUGGGAGACGGAAGUGGGACACGCAGGUGGUGUGACAUCACCUCCCAUGGCAUUAUGGGAUGUAGAUGGGGACGGAGUGGAGGACUUAUUAAUCGCAGUCAUGAGGAUCAACAACAGCAGCCAGCAGAUCAGUUUCCUAGGAAACAGCAAGGAGUACAGUGUAGUAGCUCUGCACGGAGUGAACGGCUCAGUGAUCUGGACUCGCUCUCUGAAGGAGCCGCUCUCCUCUGUGCAGUGUUCAGCUCCCAACACCUGCCUACUCAUCACCUCCACAUACCUGACCAGUGUAAACGCAUCCACAGGUAAGAAGUUGUGGGAGGUGCCAGCAAGAGAGGGGGAGUCACAGGCUGUGGGUGUUCCUGAUUUGCAGGGAGAUUCUGUUCCAGAUCUGCUGAUUGCUACUCUACCUGCAGAUGAGGAAUUAGAUCCCUCUCUAGUCCUGCACUCAGGGUUGACGGGCUCUCUGAUUGGCCAGCCGGUGAACUUUAACCUCACUCCACAGGGAAAGCUGAUUGGUCCCUUGCUGCAUGAGACAGCAGUGGGAGCAUACUACAUCCUGUUUGGUUUGGGCAUGGUGGAGGCGGUGUCUCUGGGAGACGUUUAUAAACAAGCGACGGGCUGGACGACCGUUCCCUCGAGUCUCGGUGUGAAGGACCCCGUGUGGGAGAAGCAGAGGAAGAACAACUCGUCUACACUCAUCCACAUCUACAGUGGGGUUGAUCAGAUUGAGUAUUUUCUCCCCCUGGUGGCCGGAGUGUGUAAUAACCACAAUAACCUGGAUGCUGAGUCGAGCUGUAACUCUAGCCGCAGUGACUGGGUGUUGGUGUGUGUGAACAGUCGGAUCUCCUUCAUCCGAGAAAGAGACAUACACACCACCUGGACCGUUAACUCCUCCUCCAUACACAGUCGUCCUGCUAUUGGUCAUUUUAAUGAUGAUGGAGUUCCUGAUCUGGUCAUCCAGCAGUCUGCUAAUGGCGUCCGAAAGGUCCAGAUCAUUGAUGGUGCUCAGGGGCGGAGCCUGUGGGAGGUGGAGUUUGUUUGUCCCCGCCUUGUUCUGGAAGGUUCUACUAUUCUGACCACGUCCGGCCUGUCAGUACUCCUGUUUUGGGCAGGAGAUCCACUUCCUGCAUCGAAGAACAUUACCAAGGUGAGCCCACCUGAGCCAGUCCUCCGCAGGCUAUUCCUCCUCCACCCAGCAUAUCCCACAAUCCUCCAGGAGCUUACCAGUACUACUGACACAGCACUCACAGCUACAGUGAGUUACGAUGACGAGCAGAAGGAUGUGUCCUACGUGGUGGUGGUGUCACGGCCCGUCUCGGGUCUCGGCCCCGGGACUCAGCUGGUGAAGAGUGUGAGUGUGAGAGCGUCUCUGAGCAGGGCUAACACCAUACGCCUGAGUGACGACACGCACACACACACCGCCUUCCAGAUCAACAAGUUCUUCAGAAGCCUGUCCUUCAGACGCCAGUGAGAAGCUGAAGGAGACGGAUCAGGAUCAGGAUGUUCACACCAAUACAUAUUUAUUCACAUUAAUUUAUUUAUGAUGAUGAUGAUGAUGAUGAUGUUGAUGUUUAACCUCCACUGAGAGAAGAUAUAAUCAGUGAGGUGGAAUAACGUUCCAAAUGAACAAUAUGAUCUUAAAUCAAAAAUGAAACUGUCACUGUACUCAACGAGAGCUAGGUUACUAAUGGUAAUGCUAACACUAGCAUAACACUUUGUGACAAUGUCUAUUGUUAAAAGCACAAUGUAAAUACAAUCGUGUUGAACUGAGCUAGCAACGCUUGUUUUGAGCGGCUGCAUGUUCGAAAUAAUAAUAAAAAAAAAACAAAUGACCACAGUCAGCAUGCUUAAAUGAUGCUUUUUUAGCAUUAGUGUUAGCGUUAGCGUUAGCGAGCAGUGUAUGCCAUAGCAAAGACUUGUAAAGCUUGCUAAUGUAAUGUGAUGCUAAUGAACUCUAAGCUCUCGGUCAGUGUAUUGCUUGUUUCUUCCUUGGACCACUGAUUUUUAUUUUUCCAAAUGUUCUUUGUUUGCUUUUGUCCAAUUUUAUGUAAAAUGACAGUCCUGUAAAUAAUUUGUGUUGUCAUGAUGACAGGACCCUGCCCACUGACCAUGACAUCAUUGGUUUCCUGGUCGCCAUUGCAGAAGUGCACAAUGUGUAAGCAUGGGUUGUGUGUAAGAUAUUUUUAAAGGAAUAAUGUGUAUAUAUAGGUGAGGUGUGUGUGUGUGUGUGUGAGUGAGAGAGAGUGUGUGUGAGAGAGAGAGAGAGAGAGAGAACAUGAUGUAAAUAUAAUAUUCAGACUGGUUUCUGCAAACAAGCACAACAAACAAUUUGCCUUUUGUUUAACAGAACAAACAGACACGUAGUGAGAAGCUUCUCCUAGCACGUGAACACACACACACACACACACACACAAAGUUACAGACGCUUUUAUUCACGAUGUUUCUGCAGUGUGAUAAGAGUUAACUGCCGUACAAUAAAGACUAAACAUUGAUCAA